AGAGAGAAUUAUUGGCCAUGCUUUGCAGAAUUAAAAUCCGUGGCCUGAAACCAGAACUGUGGCCUUUGGCGCUUAUUUAAAAUAAGUGGCAACACACCCGUGUCCAACAGGAACCAAAAGUCCCGUCCGCGUUGAUUAAAAAUUUUAUUGAUUACGCUGAGGGUCCGCAGACAACUCUUGAUCUCGAUUCAUAUCAUGACAGCCAAAAGGACUAUCCGGCACCGGCGACCGGAUAGUGCCAAGUCAAGGUGCCAACAACGGAAUCGACGGAAGAUUCAGCUAUUCCUAAAGGCAUAUGAGUAUUGCCAGGAGUGCGACGCGGAUAUUUCCUUAACAAUUCGAUUAAGACAUAGCGGCGAGAUUGUCUUUUUUAAUUCUGACGGGUCCUGGUCUCCGUCAAAAGAGCAGCUGGCGACGUACUAUCCAAGGCCCAAACAGGUCACUUGGCAGGAAAUUGCGGCUCGAUAUAAGUCCUAAUCAUUUAACAC